AUGAGGACGACACUUGCCUCGAUGGCCAGGAUAGCCCUCUUCGCGCUCCUCUCUCUCCUCGCUCUUUCCUACCUUCCGUCGACAUUCGCCCAGCGCAACGCGUCCAAAGACCAAGCGUCGCUCUUCAAGCGCAUCCAAUCCUCCUCUGCGGGCUACAUCGACAUUGACGCUUCGGAGUUCUCCACCAUCACCUCGUACCCGCGCGAUUACGCCGUCACCGCGCUGCUCACCACCACCGAUGGCCGCAUCAAGUGUCCGCCCUGCACGGCCUUCCAGCCCGAAUUCGACAAGCUCACUGCCCAGUGGAAUCGCAAUCGCGCUGUCAAGGGCAAGAACAUCUUUGUGAAAGUGGAGUACAGUCGGGGGCAGUCGGUGUUCGCGCAGUUUCAGCUGCAGCAUGCGCCGGUGCUCUACACCUUCCCUGCCGGUGCGACGGGUAAAGACAUGCACUCGUUCGAUUUCACCGAUCGAGGCUUUGGCGCCGCCGAAGUGGCGUCCCACCUCAACAGUAUUCUUGGCACACGAUUCAGCUAUAAGCAGCCGAUCAACAGAAAGCUCGUCGUCGGCAGCAUCACGGGCGUCAUCACGCUCGUCGGCGCCAUCUUCUUCAUCGGCCCCCACAUCAGCGCCCUGUUCACCAGCAGCAAACCCAUCUGGAUGCUCCUCUCCAUCGGAAGCAUGAUCAUCUUCACCAGCGGUCACAUGUGGAAUUCGAUUAGAGGCGCACCCUACAUCGCCAUGGGCCAAGGCGGUAAGCCAGAAUACUUCGCAGGAGGCUUCCAGAACCAGUACGGUGUGGAAACGCAGAUCGUCGCGGCGAUCUACUCGUUGUUGGCCUUCAGCUUUAUUGCCUUGACCGUGCUCGUGCCGGCACAGCGGGACCCGACGAGGCAGAGAGCGGGAGUGUAUGUGUGGAGCGCCAUCUUCUUGGCCACGUUCAGUCUGCUGUUCUACGUGUUCAGGACCAAAAACCCGAGCUAUCCCUUCCGCCUCUUCUUCUGA